GGCAGCCCUUUGGAGCUCCGACUAGACCUGUCUCUACUUGUGACAGUGUGAGUCGCCCAAGAUGAAGGUCGCUCUACUCGCUUGCUUGGCUUUUUUGGCCUCCACAGCUCUGGCAGCUCCUGCCAUUUCCAGUGGGUCUUGCGCUCUGCACUGCACAAACCCAGUUUCCUUCGCUUACGAAACAGGGAAGAGUUAUGUGUACGACUACUCAGCUGAGACGUCAGCAUCCCUCCUUGGAGUUGCUGGGGAUGACGCCAAGAUGAAGAUCACCUCGGUUGCCCAUAUUGAUGUCUCUGGCCCCUGUGAAUACAUUCUGAGACUUUCCAAUGUCGUCUUAGAAGGUUCAUCUCAUACUGCAGAAUUUGCUGAAGCUUUAUCUAAGAACCCAUUGAAAUUCUCCUUCCAAGAUGGAAUGAUCGAAAAUAUUUGCAGUGAGGUUUCUGAGCCAAUGUGGGUCCUAAACAUCAAGAGGGGUCUUCUCUCUACUUUCCAAAACACCAUGACUUUCCAUGGUGAUGAGACUCUUCAGGAAAAGGACGUGUCAGGUGUUUGUGAAACCGAUUACAAGUCUGUCACUGAAGGCAACGUUGUCCAUGUUGAGAGGAUCACCAAUAUCAACUCAUGCAGUGAAAGACCCGAUUUUUCAACAUUCAUUACUUCUUCCAGUUAUAACACUGACUCGCUGAUUCAGAACAUUAACCUCUUGAAGACAACAAAUUUUUGCCACCAGAAGUUACAAGAUGACAUCAUGAUUAGCGCUGAGUGUGAGGAAAUUUACAAGGCUCGGCCAUUCGGAGAGGGACAAGAAGUGGCUAUGACCAAGGUCAAGACAACUUUAGUGUUAAAGUCGCAAGAACCAGUACCAGGGGUAUCAGACUUCGAGUUCUACCGUAAAUCUCUUGUUUAUGAGGAUGUCUUUGAGCCUGCUCCCGCUCAUGUUGAACUUGUGGAGAAAAUCCUGAAUGACCUUAUUACGUCGUCUCAUGAGGAAGUUAAAAAAGAAACACCUGCCCUUUUCUCCAAACUUGUGGAUGCUCUGAAAAACUUGGAUUACUCACAGCUGAGUCAAUUGCUAGGCAGUACCACCGAGCCUAAAACACAUAAAUUUUUGGUUGAUGCAAUGCCAUUAGUAGGAACUGCAUCUUCUAUGGCAGUUGUUAGAGAUUUAAUCAUUAAUGGCAAAUUGAAUAACAUUGAAAAGGACAUUUGGUUUACCUCUUUGGUGUUCAACAAACACCCAACUGUCGAAAUGCUGAACGCCAUUGCUCCACUCCUCAAGACAAACCCAAGCCAAAAAGCUUUCCUGGGAACCUCAGCCCUCAUCAACAACUUUUGCAAAUUGCAAAACACAUGUGAACAAGUACCUGUUGUCAAGGAGAUCAUUAAUAAUAUUGAAAUCGAGCUCGGUGCAGGAUGUCGAACCACAAAUGAAGAUGAAAGAGAAAAAGUCCUUGUCGCUUUGAAAGCUUUAGGAAAUGCUGGACACUGGGUAACUGCUAAAUCUGUUUUGGAAACUUGCUACUUGGAAGAAAAUGACAUGGAAAUUCGUGUUGCUGCUCUUGAUGCUUGGAGGCACACCCCUUGUGAAUAUGACCGUUCAAAUAUUUUGGCUCUAUUCCAAGAUGAAUCAUACGACCCAGAAUUGCGCAUUGCUGCUUAUCUUUCUCUUAUGUCCUGUCCAACUCCUUCAUUCAUUGAUAUUGUAAAAGAAAGGCUUAUCUCAGAAGGAGUCAACCAAGUAGGAUCCUUCAUUUGGACUCAUAUGACCAAUCUUCAAGAAUCGGCUGCCCCUGAAAAGCAAUGGAUGCAUCACAUGAUUGGGGAGGAACUCCUACAAAAGAAAUUCAGUUCAGAUGCUUUGCGAUUCUCCAGAAACUAUGAGUCAUCCUUUUUCAUGAAUGACUUGAACAUAGGAGCAUCAGUAGAAAGCAAUGUUAUUUUCAACACCAAGUCUUACCUUCCCCGUUCAGCUAUGCUUAACCUCACACUUGAUCUCUUUGGAGAAUCAAUUAACUUCUUUGAAAUUGGAGGCAGGAUUGAUGGUUUUGAAGCAUAUAUUGAACGUUUCUUUGGUUCCAAUGGAUAUUUCCCUGAAGAACACAUUGAACAAGUUCUGAGAACCAUGAGGUCAAAAUCAAAUGCUGAAUCAACCACACUGGAGGGCUUCUUGGACAAAAUAUCAGAUGAGCCUGAGGGAUCUUACUAUUUAAGACUUUUUGGAAAUGAUCUCCACUAUCACCAUUUCCAUGGAAUGGAAAACUUUUUAUCCUCCAGUACAUCAAGUCCUCUUGACCUUUUAUUGGAUCUCGUUAGACAAGGUAAGGUUGAUUAUACAAAAUCUUUCCAAAUAAUGGACUCCCACAUAAACAUUCCGACAAUAUCUGGUUUGCCAUUAAUUCUUGAUUCUAAAAUGACUGGUACCUUUGGACUGGAAAUGACAAGCAACUUCCAAGCAAAAGGUUUCUCAGACUUUAAUGUUCAGGGUCAUUUACAUCCUUCUGCUGCCUUAGAAUUUGAUGGCCUUAUGCUGAUCGAUGCCCAUUUAUCAAAAACUGGUGUGAAAAUGUGCACUACACUUCACACUUCCACACUUUUAGAUGGUAAAGUGCAAAUUCAAGAAGGAAAAGUGGUUGACAUAGCAAUCAACACUCCAAAAGAUAAAAUAGAAAUUUUUGAUGUUCAAGGGGAAUUCUUUUAUCUUACUGACGACCAUGAAGAAAAGAAAGAAACUGAAGGCAGAAAAUUGUUUGAUGGCUGUUCCUCAGACGUUCUUGGCUUGGCCAUCUGUGGAACCACUCAAGUCAGCCCACUUGGACCUUUUGCAGCUGAUGUCUACCUGAAAAAGACUGGAACGCAGACAGGUUAUAUUUUCCAGUUUAAGCAACAGUCAGAUAAGUUUGAACUUCUUGUGGAUACACCUGGGUCACUUGAGGAUCACAAAAUUGCCAUUACCAUUACUAAAGCACCAAACUCCAUUACUGCUGAUAUCUAUACACCAAUCAAGUCGGCAAAAGGAACAUUAGAAUACAUCUGGACAAACUCAAAUAAGAAGAUGAAAUGUGCUUUGAUCUUAGACAGUGGCGACACCUAUGCAAUUGAAACUAGUUUGCUGAAGACUGCAGAGGAUGUUACAGUCUUUGCACCAUCAAUUGUUCUAACAAUGCCUUAUGGUGAAAUUCUAAAUAUUCAAGGAAUUGUUAAAACAAAACUCGAUUAUUAUGACACAAAGAUAUUUACAAAAUUAAAUACUGUGUAUGAAAUGAGAGGUCAACAUACAUUCCAGCUAGAGGCUGAAGUCAUAAAAACGCUUACAGAUUCAAUGAGCACAUAUUCUCUUCGCGGAGCAAUAGAUCCAUCUCAGUACCCUGAAUUAAAAGCUUCAGUAGAUCUGACUUUCACAGAAGUUGAGCAUCAGCAAUACAAAACCGAGGUAAACGCAGUGAUUAAAGGCAAAACAUACAUGUUUGAAGGCAAGUUGCAAGACAACUCGGUACGAGGAAAGUUCAACGUUAUUGCUGAUGCAUCUAUUGUAGCACCGUCUCUUGAUAUAAAAGGAACACUAGGAAUAUAUGCAGAUUCAGAAAAGGCUAACACAAAUUUGCAUAUAUUAGCGAAUGGACAGAAUUAUGGCCUGAAAUUAGAGGGAACAAAAUCUUCUGUGUUGAUUGAGGCUAAUGUCAUCCGGCACAUCCUUCUUAACGCUUAUGUAUCUGAGAGCCCUGAAUUAAAGAAGUUACAUGUCACUGGUGAAUGGAACAAAGAUGUUGACCCAACAGCUUCAUUUUUGAUAGAGGGACAAAUAUCAGGAGCUUCAGCUAUGGCCCAUGUCAAGUUUCUUGAACAGGAGGCAACCUUCAAAUGCACAUUAUUAGAUAAUGCAAUAAACCUUGAAGGUAUUUGGAAUGGCAAAACAGCAACUGCUCUCAUAUCAUACUCUUUGGGUGAGACCAAGUCCAUAUCAGUUUUAGUUCAAACACCUUUUACUGGAUUAGAAAAACAAGAAGCAACUGUAUUAGUCACCUUGAAGAAUUACGAGAUUAACUCCCAGUUCACAGCUUCCUGGAAAAAUUCUCAGCAAAUAACUCUGAAUGUCGUCGGUAAGCUAGAGCCAGGAAGAACAAGCAAUGCCUUGCACUCUGAAAUCAUUUUCAGCAGCAGCUUACCUCACUUUGAACAUGUCAACUUAAAGCUAGAACAUGAAAUGAAAGAGGACUCUAUUAAGACAGAUUUACUUGCCACCUGGAACAAUUGGAAAAUCACAUCUGCCUUCCAACUUCUUCACAAUAGUGAUGGGAUUCAAUCUAACCUUUCCCUGGAUACUCCAUUCACUGAAAAGAUUCUUAUCAACUUGAACCAUGUUUUGAGUAAUAAUGAUCUUACUUCAAUUAUUGAAGCUAAAUAUGGUGAGAAAGUGGUCUCAGUCAAUAUCAAAGGUGUUGUUGUUCUUGGUCUUGAGCAAGACAUCAAUCUAACUUUGAAAAUUAAUAUUCCUUUAUCUUCAGUCUCUGAAAUUACUGCUCUUAUUAAUUACAAAUUCAACUGGCAACAACUUAGCCUUGACUUUGAAGGCAUUAUGCAGGACAAGAAAGCAAUGUUCCAUCUGAAUGGAGAAUUAUCAGUUGCUGAAUCAACACAACUUGUUGGAGAUCUUCGAUUCAUUACACCAUUUAACCACCCAGUCACAGCAACUCUUGAACAUGUCAGCAAUAUGGAGGAAUUAGAAACUAAAUUUGAGUUGACAAGAUUCUGGUCAAACUAUGGUAAUCUCAAAUUUCAUGCAAAAGGGAACAUGAAAUCUGCAAAUGACAUUGUCCUUUUAGCAGACUUCUUUACUCCUUCCACAAAGGCCUCUCUCUCAAUAAAUCACAAAGUGACUGACACCAAAAUGAUCUCUACCUUGGAUGUUCAUUUUAAUGCUGACAAAAUCACUGUUUAUCUCAAUGGACUACUUGAUGUUUCUAAAAGUCUGGCUAACAUGGAAGCAAUCAUCGGUUCUACAAUUAGUGGUCUGGAUGACCUGAAGGUUACUAUUGACACCUCAAAAAAUGGAAAGGACAGAAUAACUAAGAUGAUCUUUACUAAAAUGGAACAGUCUGUUACUAUUGACCAUGUUAUAUCUGUUACUGAUAUCUGGAACUGGGAGAACACAUUCACCAUCAAUAGAAUGUAUAAGCUUAAAAAUGUACAUUCAUAUUCUGGAACUCUUUCCAAACACGAUAUGGAAUGGCAAUGGGACACAAAAUCUGUUCAUCUUGACAUAAUAUUUGAUAACAAGAGCAGUGGAAAUGUGAAUAAAUUUGAUACUGUUGUCACACUGGAAACACCUUGGACUGGGACUGAAGAAAUUAAAGCAGAAGUUCACCAUGAAGAUGAUGGAGUUCAAUACAAACCUGUAGUUAUCCUGGAAUAUGUACCUGGACGUAAAUUGGAACUUGAAACUCUUAUUGUUUUUGGCAAAGUCUUUUCGUAUGAAUCUAUCUUAAGAACUCCAUUCAUGGAAACAUUAGCUUACAAGAUGAAGCUAGAUUUAUCACCAAGAAAGAUCGCACAUCUGAUUCUCAGCUUGGGUGAAAAACAUAUCACCCUUGAUGUUACUGGUGAACUACACAAUGGAAAAAUGGAUAGCAGUUUAAACAUCCAAUCAACCUUCCUCAAUUUUCCAGUUACUGCUGCAGCUUCUUAUGACUUCAUUUCAUCUGAGAAAAAUAUUCAUCUUAUAGCCACUUAUGGGAAAAAGUUUGAAAUUACAGGAUUGCUCACUGGUUCCAUUAAUGAAGGAAACUGGUCAUUAAUAGCUGAUAUCCCACUGGAUGUUUUGCAACAUAUUGAAUUGACUGGUAAAUGGGUUUAUAAUACCAGUAAGGUAAACAUUGAAGUUAACUCUCAUGUUACUUCAUUUGAAAACAUGACUUUUGAAGUUAUGUAUGAUGUAAAUGAGAAAAAUGGAGAAGCCAAGAUGACUUAUGGUACAAAAGCAAUUCAUCUUACAGGGAAAUAUGAGGCAGAGACAAUCGCGCUUGAAGUUGUUACUCCAUUCAACGGAUGGGAGAAAAUGAAGGUUUCCUUAUUCCUAAGUGAAACUGCAGUUAAUGCUUUUGUAUCUAAAAAUGACAAAAUAAUUUCUGUCAAAGGAUCACUGCAUGUUAAACUAGAGAAAGGAACCAUCAACCUAGCCAUCAACACUCCUUUCACAGGCUAUGAAGAAAUUUCAGCUACCAUUGUAUAUUCUCUGAGAGGACCAGUGAAGCAAAUUAAGCUAGAUUCAACUUUUGCCACUGGUCAGAUUUCUCUUUUGGGUGUCAUUGACCUUUCCAAAGAUUUGUCUCCUAUGAUGAAGCUAGAAGUCACCACACCAUUUGAAGUUGUCAAGAAGAUUGGAGGAGAAGCCACCUGGGACUUAAGUCACACCAUGAAAACAGCAGUCAUUAAAGCUCACAGGAAUGAUCAUCAUUAUCACUGGCAGUUAGAGGUAUCUUCAGAAGCUCUCUCAAAAGUCCAUAUUAAAUCAGAAAUAACCACUCCUUUUGAGGGAUGGACAAAUGUUCUUCUUCAAGGUAACACUGAUUUAACAAAAAUGCCUUACAGCUUUAAAUUUGCUUUGGAUAAAGAAGGAGCUGUUCAUGAAGUCGAAGGAAACUUCAAUCUUGAAAAUAAUGCAAUUGCUGCUCAACUAAUGACCCCAAUUCCUGGAUUGGAGGUUAUAGAUCUUUCAGGUACAUUUAGCUGGGAAGAAAAUCACUUCACUGGAAAUUUUGAAGCUACAAAAUCUGGAGACAAAUUCCACCUUACCACUGACAUUCUUCUUAACACAUCCAAGCCCAAACUUCAUAUCAUUUUAGAAACCCCUAUUCCCACUAUAUCUAAAGUGGAACUUGUAUUUGAUUCUAAUCUGGUUGACAGCCAUAAAAGCUUACUUUUCACCUUCACCCUGAAUGGCACAGUCUAUUCUCUUAACUUUGAAGGAGAAAUGGUGCACAAAAAUGGUUAUGUUAAAAUCCUGGUCCAGUCACCAAUUACUGGAUUCAGUGCCGUUGACAUUCAUGCUAAAUAUGAUUUAACAAGGGAUAUUAAAACUGCUGAAGCUGAUUUUAAGAUAGAAGAUGAUUCCAAACACUUUUAUCUUAAGACCAGUGUCCAAAAGAACAACUUCCACAUAGAGAUUCAUACACCAUUCAAAGGUUUUGAGUUAAUCAAGAUGAUUGGCGACUACUCUGCACAAAAUGAUAAACAUACAGUUCUAGCAUCAUUUGAGAAAGAUCAUAUGAAAUAUGAUUACAAUGCAGAUGUUACCAUCACUGACUACAGUGUAUCAAUUGGAUUUUCAACUCCAAUGGAAAUGAUCAAGAAUGUAGUUGUAAACUUGAAAUAUGAACUUUACAAGAAUGGCAUUGAAAGCAUGCUUCACUUCAAAAGGAAUGAGGAAAUUUAUGAAAUGAAAACUCGUGCAAUCUUCACUCCCAUGAAAUCUGAACUUUUGGUAGGAGUAAAAACUCCAUUUGCUAACUGGGAGAAACUCAGUCUUGAUGUCAAAUAUGACAUUCUCUCUGAAAUGAAAUUAGCCUCAUUAUUCAUUCAAAAAGGUAGUUUUGAAAAGACAAUUACUGUUGAAGGAGAAUAUACAAUGAAUUCAGGAGCUAUAAAAUUACAUGUUCCUAUACAAGGAUAUGAAGUUCUCGGAGCUUCAUACACUCUGAACUUGAAAGAUCACAAUAGGAAACUAGAAGCUAGUUUAAAAAUGUAUAUGAAUUCCAAUGAAUGGAACUUCAGUGUUCAUGGAGAAUAUGCUCCCAAUAAGAUCACCAUUAUGUUCCAAACUCCAUUUGACGCUGUUAAAUCGAUAAUUGUAGAUGGAAACAUUGAAUUCAACGAGAAAUCUGGGUACCUAAACAUUGAACUAGGUACAUAUAAAUUUAAUGUUCAAUUAUCAUAUGCAGUGAAUGACAUAGUCAUUCAACUUACAACACCAUUUGAUAUCUUAAAGCUCAUCUACUUUGGAUUCACUUACCACUGGACAGAAAGCCAGAAAGAUGCUACACUAACAGUAACUUACAAUGAAAAUAAUUACGUACUUCAAGGAAUUCUGAAUCUAUCCCCACGCACUUCAGAAGUUUCUUUGCAGGCUACUUCUCCAGUUCCUGGUUUCGGUAAUGUUGCUAUGAUGAUCAAAUACGAUAUAGACAACCUUAAUGAAAUCAUUAUGUCUAAAAUGACAACUGACCAGUAUGAAUACUUCUUCAAACUUGGAGCAGGUACUGAAGGCACGCAAGCUCAUCUUAAUUGGGACUUCACUUCUACCUUUUCUGGAUGGAAUCAUGUCCAAUUCCUUGCUAAUGUAAACUGGUCUCCAGAUCAAAGGACUUUCGAAAUAUCUCUUGGAAAAGGUGACAACCUGAAAGCUAUAUCCAUUUCUGGACAUUUAACAGGAUUCUCUGAGGGCUCACUUAAUAUCCACACUCCAUUCAUCGGUAUGGAAAAAAUGGGUGGCCAUUUCAAAUUUGUACCAGGAGAAAAAUUAGUAGGAAAGCUGGAUUUACAUCUCCCUUUCUACCUGAUCCCUAAAAUUGAAGGAGAAGUGAAACUCGAUCUUAAUGGAAAAAUUAAUGGUGAUGCACAUUUAAAUAUUGCAGGAGAGCUAUAUACCAUGAAGUGCAAUCUUGUCGGCUCAUCCUUUGAAGAAGGAUACAGUGGGACUUUGAUGAUCUAUACUCCAAUUCAUGAUCUGUCCAGAAUUGUUUUGAACGGAAACAUUUUCAUUAAAGCCUUGAAUUCUUUGCAGGCUCACAUGAAGAUUGAAUUACCAUCUGGUGUUUAUGAAUUAGAUUUAAAAGGUGAUUUUGCUUUAGGAGAGUCUUCCUUCCUACUUGACUUGGACACAACAGUUAUGAAUGUGAACAGAAAACUGACUGUUGAUGCAAAGUACCCAUCCCUUAAAGAUUUAGAAGUGACUUGUAUCACUGUUCUUGAAUCUAGGAUACAUAAGAUUCAUGGCAAAUUUAACGUUGCUACCAGCCACACUGAGGGAGCCUUGGUAUUUGAUUCACCUAUUAUUGAAGGUUCAAGACAGAUUUCUUUUGAUAUCACAUUUCCUAGUGAGACAAAUCAACAUGUUUCUCUCGCUGUAACUCUAGUUGCAUCUGCACAGCAUUCAUUCAAAUUGGAACUGAACCUAAUGAAUGGGGUUGAGUUCCUUUUCAAAGCAGAUUCUCCACUUUUCGAAACAUUUUCUGUAGUCUGCAAAGCCAGUACUGAUACAGCUGUGGUCAUGAUUGAAACCCCAUCUGGAGUCCACAAGAUUCAAGCUUCCUGGAGACUGACCUACAAAAUGCCAGCUGAUUAUCUUCUGUCAUUAGAAACCUCAUCGCCACUGCUGCCUAGUGACUUUGUAAUCAAUACCCUCCUUAAUGGUGACAAAUCCAGCAUGAAUUUCAAAACAGAACUGAUGGUUGGUGGUGAGAAAAACGUGAUUGAAGGUUCAUAUUCCUUGGCUAAAAAUGCUAUUGACUUUUCACUCAAUGUGGAAUCUCCUCCAAUGAACAUUAACAAAGCAACUUUAGCAGCAGUAAUGGCCUUCACAAGUACAGUUAAAAUGCAGAUCACAGGUACCUUUAAUGGAGAAGUAAACACCUUUGACUUGGUUUAUGAGAAGGAAACCAGGAAUUUCCAUGUAGAAAUUACUUCUCCUUUCAUUCCUACUGGAAUGGCUCGAGGGGAAGGUCAAAUAACAGGUGAAAUGCUGAAAGAUAUGAAGAUCAAGAUGGCGCUCCUGAACAAUGAACAGACCAUAUCUGGGGUCAUAAACAUGAAAGCUUUGUCUCAAGAUGACAUGAAGAUUAAUGUUGUCAUUACCACACCAUUCACAGGAUACAAGAAGAUGAAGUUUGGGGCCCAGUACAUGAAAAAUGAAGAGACAAAGAUUGUCUUCUUUGUUGAUAAACCCGUUAAGUUUAAUACUGAGGUUCUCCUUAAAAACACCGAAAAAGAGGUCCGCGUAUUUCUGAAUGUCGAAACACCAAUUGAAGACUUGAAGAAAAUUGAGGGAGAAAUGAGGAUUCCAUUCAACGCCGUUGCCCCCAAGAUUUCUGCCGAUGUGGUGAUUGGAGGUGCCAGAUAUGGCGGUCAUUUCACACUCAGGACUAAGGCUCCAUUUGAAUUGGGAGCUGGAUAUAAGUUUGCAGAGAAAUCACACAGCUUCCAUAUCAAAACUGAUUCUUCUUUCUUCUCUAUGUUUGCAUAAAGGCUUAACGAACCUUACGUGUAAAAUGCCUGGAGGCAUUUUGCCAUAUUGCUAACUGUGCCGAAUUUGAAGAUCUAUGGAACAAGAAAAUAAAUUUUAUACUUUACACAUACAAACCCCCCUGUUUGUAAAUAAACGAAUAAUAAAUUUGCCAGAUAUGUA